UUCUGGGAGGAGUGGGACAACAGCCGUACGGGGAAAAGAAAAUAGCAAUAAGCAACAACUAAGGGUGCGAACCCGAAUUUGCGGGACUUGGACGGAACCAGAUAUAUGAAGUUCCUCGGAAACACCUUCCCCAGACCGUCUUUUAGGUGACCGUGUCGGUUCUCACUUUUAAUUACCGAGCAGGAUACGGGACUCAUGGAUAAAAGGAGAGCAGGCGGAGACGACGACAUCAAAGGGGCUCCCGGGUCAUUAGAUAUCGCCAUAGCGCCGAUCGGACCAGCAUUUAACACGCGGGAGCCGAGCAGCGUCUCGCCAGCGGGAAUGAGCUCCGUAACGAGCCCGUGUUGGUAAUUAUCCGGAGCCUCUCGGUCGUCUUUUCGGUUGGGGGAAAAAGAAAAGACGUCCGUGGCACGUCAAGCUACUUAUAAAAACAACAAUACCUUUUUUCUUCUUCUAAAGGCUAACAUUUUGUGAGCCGUGCCCCCCCCCCACUACCCCCACCCCCUCCACCACCACCACCAGCCCCCUCCUCAUGCCAAAGAAGAACCCGCUUCUAGAGCCCGAGUUUUGUACCGUUUUUCUUCGGAUGAGUAAAAGCUAAGGCUGCUGCUCCACUUCUGUCUCUUUUGCUUUGUUACUCAGACCAAUGCGAGCAGGCAGCUCCAGCUGAGCCAACACUUCUCGCAGCUUUUUUGAGCCCUGUGUGCUUUUUUUCCUCUUUCUUUCCUUCUUCUCCCUUUUUUUUCUUUUUUUAUGGGAAACUUUUCAACCUCUCGUUUUUUCUAAGUGCUGAAAGUUGGAGAAGGAAACCCCUUUUUGUAGUGAUCCUCCCUCCUCCUCCCAUCUCUCUCUCCACAAUAAGAGCCACACUGUAGGUAUGGAGGACCAGGCCCGCAUGAUGUUGGGUCAUAUUGGACUAACUGGACUACCUCACGAGGAUGUGGGAGAUCCUGACAACAUAAGGAAACAUCACAACAUGGGUCAGCCGCAGCAGGACAUUGGUGACAUCCUCCAGCAGAUCAUGGUCAUCACAGAUGAGAGUCUGGAUGAGGCCCAGGCCAGGAAACACGCUUUAAACUGCCACAGAAUGAAGCCGGCUCUCUUCAGCGUCCUGUGCGAGAUCAAAGAAAGGACAGCCCUGAGCAUCCGAGGCAUCCAGGAAGAAGACGGCCCCGACCCUCAGAUCAUGCGACUGGACAACAUGCUGUUAGCGGAGGGGGUUGCGGGUCCGGAGAGGGGCGGGGCCUCUGCAGCGGCGGCUGUGGUUGCCGCGGCAGCCGGAGGGACGCCGGCAGAGGGCAACGGAGAACACAGCGAGUACAAAGAGAAGCUCGCUCAGAUACGACGGAUGUACCAUGCCGAGCUGGAGAAAUACCAACAGGCAUGCAACGAGUUCACCGACCACGUGAUGAACCUGCUGAGGGAGCAGUCCCGUACGCGGCCCAUCUCACCCAAAGAGAUCGAGCGAAUGGUGGGGAUCAUCCACCGCAAGUUCAGCACCAUCCAGAUGCAGUUGAAGCAGAGCACGUGCGAAGCCGUCAUGAUCCUGCGCUCCAGGUUCCUGGACGCCAGGCGGAAACGAAGAAACUUCAGCAAGCAAGCGGCAGAGGUUUUGAAUACAUAUUUCUACUCUCAUCUGGCAAACCCCUACCCCAGUGAGGAGGCCAAGGAGGACCUGGCCAGGAAGUGUUCCAUCACUGUUUCUCAGGUGGCGAACUGGUUUGGAAACAAGAGGAUUCGGUAUAAGAGGAACGUCGCUAAAUUGCAGGAGGAAGCUAACCGGUACACCGUGAAGGCUGUUGUGGACGUUGCCAGUGUGUCUUCACAGGCCAGCCAAGCCAACUCCCCCGCCACGCCAAACUCAGGAGGAUACUCGGCUCAGUGUUACACUCCUGACGGCAGGUUGUGAGGACUCGCCCGGAGGAACUAUCUUCCCUCCUCUGUGUCCAUGGUGACGACGGCCGGCGAUUCCUCUUCCCAUCUCUCCCCACCCAGAGCACCAAGGGAGCGAGCACUACGUCACCUCCGGCUUAUGCUCCCACUCCUCCCCCACCCCCCCCUCCACGACCCCCCCCCCCCCCUGCUCCUCAGACUAAUACAACCCAGACUGCAGGUUGACGUCCGGCCGAGCUGCGAACAAGGCGUUACCAAAACUCUGCAACUGUUCCGUUUCGCUUUGUGAUGCUGAUCGUUUUUUCUAACAUCUCUCAAAGUUUUUUUUUUUUUUUAAUCCCUCCACUUUUACAAAUGUGUUGACACCUAUUUCUUUAUUUUUUUAGUUUUACUAUUACUCACGCCAUUUUUCUUCUGUUAUUUUUUUAAAAAGAUAAAUAAAUGAUGAAAAUAA